UGAGGCGACCCGACCGGUGGUGCAACCGCAAAACUCCGGCCAGGGUGGUCCCAGCCCUGGCAAGCAUAGCGCGCGGGCGGAGAAGGGAGACAAUAAGAAGAAGAAUGCAUAAAAAUUAAGGUUUGAUUCAAUUUGUAUAAACAAGGCGGCCGGGCAGAAGGGGAGGAUCUUGAAGGAGGAAUAGAGGGAGAUAAAAAUGGCGGCCCCGGCGACGGUCUCCCCACCACCACCUCCGGCCAAACCGGAGGUGGAUUUGGAUAGAUUGGGGCAAACGGCUAUGUGUUUUUCUGAGACAAUAUACCGGGCAAAUGGUGUCUGGGAAGGGCCUGAUCCUUUGACACCCAUCAUUCCCCUAUUCCUUGUUCAGAUCAUGAUGGCUAUAUUUUUCUCCCGCAUGCUAAACCUGGCCAUGAAGCCAUUCAACCAGCCUCCCAUCGUCGCUGAAAUCCUUAGUGGGUUACUUUUGGGGCCAUCUGGAAUAGGAGGAAUCAAGGCGUUUCGAAUCGUGUUCUUCCCAAACUACAACUUCGAGAUAAUCGAGACAAUGGCGCACUUAGCCCUCGUCCUCUACGCCUUCAUGACGGGGCUCCAAACGGACCUAAAACCACUCCUGCGCGUCGGCUCCAAGGCCAAAACCGUCGCGCUCUCCGGCAUCAUCGUCCCCUUCCUCAUCGGCACAUCCUUGUACUACGCCCUGCCGCACGACGACGGGAGGGUGUCCGGCUUCAUAUUCUCCGGCGGCGCGCUCACCGUCACGGGGUUCUCCACUCUCGCCAGAAUCCUGGACAGGCAGAGACUCCUCCAGAGCGAGGCGGGCAAGAUCGCGCUGUCCUCAGCCGCAAUCUACGACUUCUCGUCCUGGGUUUUUCUCGCGCUGGGAUUGGCGGCCUCCGGGAGCGCGAUGCACUGGGCGGUGUUAUGCAGUGCACUCUACAUUUUGUUCUCCGUGUAUUAUCUCCGCCGGUUUCUGGCGUGGGUCAUUCGGAAGACGCCGGAAGGGCAGGGGUAUAGCGAGUUCUACAUAUGUUCCAUGGUGAUCGCGAUGAUGUUCUGUGGGGUUAUUACGGACGCGAUGGGGACACACCCGAUGAUGGGCGCGUUUCUCUUCGGGCUUAUAAUGCCGUCGCAGGUUGUCGAGGCGGCGAUUCUGGAUAAGCUUGAGGAUUUCGUGAUGGGCGUUUUCAUGCCGGUUUUCUUCGUGGUUUGUGGGCUUAGAACAAAUAUUGGUAUUAUCGCCACCGACACCAAUAUCUUUCUCGUUAUCUUAGCCAUAAUCCUUGCGUUCUCAGCCAAGAUUAUCGGCGCUCUUUCCGCGACUUGCUUCUCCGGGUUGUCAGCUAGAGAGGGAAUCGCGGUGGGAAUAUUAACCAACACUAAAAGCACCAUGGCUAUGAUUCUUCUUGAAGUGGGUCAAGUCCAGCAGGUUUUGACCACUCAAACGUACUCUAUAAUGGUGGUGGCGGUUUUGUUAAUGACGAUAACGGUCACGCCGUUAACCAACAGGUACCGGCCGUCUCAGAACAUAUCGCCGUAUAAACGGAGGACUAUAGAGAAGGGGAAACCGACCGAGGAGCUACGAGUCUUAGGAUGUAUUUACGGGACCAACGAUCUUUCCCCCAUUAUCCAGCUCCUGGAAUCCUCAAAAUCCACGAUGGAGUCCCCGAUCUGCGUGUUCGGGCUGCAGCUGGUCGAGCUGGUCGGCCGGGCUCCGCCGAUGCUGGUGGUGCACAGCUCGGCUCGGCGCGGGCCGUCCCGAAACCUCAGCCACGAAGGCGUCCAGACCAGCCAAAUCAUCAGCGCGUUCGACAACUACGAGCUUCGGUCCCACGGAGUCACCACUCAAGUCCUGACGGCUCGGUCCUCGUUCUCAACGAUGGCCGAGGACAUAUGUAGCGUCGCCCGGGAUAAACGCGCGGCUUUCAUCAUCCUCCCGUUCCACAAGCAGCCCACCGUGGAGGGCGACAUGGAAGAGAUCAACCCGGCUAUCCAGAGCGUCAACGAAGCGGUUCUGGUCAACGCUCCUUGCUCGGUCGGAAUCAUCAUCGACCGUGGCCGCUCUUACUCGAACGAAUCCGCUCGGAAUAUCGUCCUGCUUUAUUUCGGCGGCCCGGACGACCGAGAAGCCUUGUCGUUAGCGUGGAGAAUGGUUGAUGAAUCCGGCGCCGGCGGCGUGAAUUUGACCGUGAUAAGAUUCAUUCCGGGUGAAGCUGUGUCCGACAUUGAUCCUAUGGGAUUCGCAAAUUAUAACAGAAGCUUCGUGAGUAUAAGCAUCGACCCUGACAAAGACAGAGAGAUGGAUCAAGAGCUACUCAACGAAUUCAAAACCUCAACUUUAAACAACAACUCCGUGACUUACGUGGAAGUGGUUCUGAACAAUGAAGAAGAGACUGCGAAUUCUAUUAAGGCGAUGGAGACUCGGAACUAUGAUCUGUACAUGGUGGGGAGGGGCCGGGGAGUGGUGUCGCCGCUGACGGCCGGUUUAGCGGACUGGUGUGAGUGUCCGGAGCUGGGGGCGAUAGGAGAUCUUCUUGUGACCUCGGAGUUUGAGUCGGCGUUUUCGGUGCUGGUGGUACAACAGUACGUGAAAUCUUCGAGGGCCGGCGGGGAAGAGUCGGAGGAAUCUUCCGAGAGGAUGAGUGAAAUGAUGGAUAAUAAGGUGGAGGAGAUCCCGCUGCGGGCGUCGGUAUCGGAGAGUGAAUCGGUCUUCCAGUCGUUUCCGAGCUUUAACGGGAAUAAGGAGCGCGUAUAAUCUCGAUCAGGUUUAUCAAGUGCGUACCUGGCCGGAAUAGUAGCCGCGAAUGGAUUUCUAUAGUGGAAUGGGGUUUGAGAAUUAUAUAUAUUAGGUCCAGUAUCAAAUUUGUAGUAAGGCAUUCAAUAUUUCUUCCAGUCAAACUUUAUUUACACUAGUUAAAUUCAUCACUUCAUCAUCAUCAUAUCAAUCAAUUUCUUUCAUCA